GGUCCCCAUCAAUGCGGUAUUCAUUCUGUCUCAGAGGAGCAAGAUGGUGGCAGUACAAAAGGAUUACUGGUACUUCUUGGUACUCAUCAUGUCGAUCUAUUUUCUUAAAGGAUCUGUUCAGAUGAAAGCCCCAGAAUCGUCAAUCAUACUGCAGGAGGGAAUGGUUUUGCACUGCCUAUGCCCAUGGAGCGGCCAACUCACUAUGGUCUCUUGGACUAAAACAUCUCUUUUGGGACCUGUAGCAGUAUAUCAUCCUCAGCAUGGUUCCAACUUUGCCCCAUCUUAUGAUGGUAGAGUGGAGUUUCUCAAAACCACUCCCAUGGACGGCAGCAUUUCCAUAAUGAACGUCACUGAGGGCGACAUCGGCCACUACCAUUGCUCUCUGCAGACCUAUCCUCAAGGUUCCUGGACCAAAGACAUACUCAUUGAAAAAAAAGCAAUCACCACCACCAUCUCUAUUCAUCCUGACAUUGAGUUGGUGGCCACAGAGAAUGGCAACCUGACCAUUAGAUGUGACCACACCCACAAUGGUGAGGUUUACAAAGUAAGCAUAGAAAAGUUGGGAGAAGAGGAGGGCAGUAGCACCAUUAUAGCAAAAUGUCAGAUGCUGGAUAGUGGUGUGGAGCUGAGUGAGCUCUCCAGUAGAGGCCGACUAAACUGUAGUGAUGCUAUGGAGGUUAGUCUACACCUCACCAACAUCAUCAAAGAGGAUGGAGGAUUCUACCGUUGCAACUUCAGCACUGAAUAUGGUGUCCAGACCCACACAGUACUGCUGAACACUUUAUCUAGCCAAGAGUUGUGGAGUCUUGGGUACAUGCUGUAUGUGUAUAUUGGAGGAGGGGUUGUUGGUGGCACUCUUCUGAUGAGUCUCAUUUUAUUGCUGACUUGGGUGAACAGGAGGAAAAGGAGGAGAGAGGAAUAUAGAAUCAAACUGCAGCCCGGUAAUAGACAGCGUAACAACUAUGAUCAUGGCCUUGUCUAUGACAGGAUGAAAAAAGGGAAAUGCACUGGGGCAAAAGAUAAAGAAAUAUAUGCUAACGUUCAGAUAGUGAGAGCUCAUGAAAAACAAAACCAGAAACGAAAACAAAAGAGAUUAUUGCUCAACAUUCUAUAAGAGAAAAGACUAACCUAAAAUUAAUGUCAGUCUAAUGGAUGCUUCAGAGAAGAAAAGGAGAAAUUCAUCAUAAUGCAGAAGAUUAAUGGAGCCAUGCGUAUCAUUUAUCAUUUGAUGAACCACUACCACCGCCACCAUCAUCUUCAUCAUUGCAUUAACCAUUCAAGCUUGGCGCAGAAUCCACAUGGUAUUUCAUUGCAUAAUGACACUGGAUGCUGGCUGCUCAUGACCAUAUUGGGGGAAAACAAAAUAAUUUCCUCUGCUCCUCUAUAAAGCCUGUUUGACAGGUAAUCUGUUUAAGAAGGUUUCUGGAUGAUUUCUUAAAAGCCAGAUCUAAGCGAAAGUCCACUUUAAGCAAACUCCAAAGCAACACUUUCAUUUGAGUGACUCUAAUUAUCAAACGAUUGGACCCAAGGGCAUAUUGAGUGGAUGACUGCUAAAAAUCACAUCCUUGUUUUGUGUCUCAGUUUGAGGCCAAAUCAUGUUCUCUUUCUCUACAGAAGUGGACGUACAGAGAAUGAGGACCAGAGGCUCUCGAUGAGAACUGUAAAUGCUCAGCUUACUGGGUUCUUGAUGGA